AUGGUCACCCUUUUCUCUUUAAAGCUGGCAGCAAAAUUGGAGGCCGACUGGGCCAGUCUUUACAUCGCUCGUCUUAUGCCUGACCCAAAUACCAUUCAAUUAGCCGUUCGCUAUGCUGGAAGGCUACGUCGUCCACGUCUGGCUGAGCGACUUGCUCAAAUUGCUAUAGGAAAGGAUGUUCAGCUGCAACAUUGCCGAUCUGCAAGAGAUACCGGGCGCAAUUCGGUGGAUUCUGAAGUUGAGUCAGAAUCGGAAUCCCCUCCAGCAACUCAGCAUCUUAAAAAAUCUGGAGCCAAGCCUGUCUCAGCAAAGGCCAGACAAUUUCAGUCUGGAUCCAAAUUAUCAGUCCCCAGGUAA